UAUUCGAUUCUCGAAUGUAUAACUCGAAUGACGUCGAUUCUCGGAUGCGCGAACUCUCUCUACAAACCUUUGUACUGGUCGAGCAUACCCUGUAGUGUUCGUGCGAUGCACGAAACCAGAGACGCCUACUUGAUAUUGCCAAUUGUGUUUAUAUAGUCGUUCUCUAACUAUCGUAUUUUCUCUCAUCAAUUUUAGUGCUAAUUUAUCGCUGGUCUAGUGUAAUAAUCGAUAAAUUGCUUGCAUUGUUCCAUUAGAUUACAUGAUUUAAGAGGAAUACAAUUUGAAAAGAAUUUAAGGACUACAUCAAGAUGGCUUGGCGUUUCAAAGCAUCAAAAUAUAAAAAUGCAGCACCUAUCGUACCUAAACCAGAAGCAUGUAUUCGAGAUAUCUCAGUAGGAUCGUAUCAGACUUAUGGGAACAAUAUUACAGCAUCUGCUGCAUUUAUGGCAUUUAAUGUGGAUCAUAAUGGAUCUAGUUUGGCUGUAUUACCACUUGAAGAUUGUGGUAGGAAAAGUAAAACUAUGCCAUUGUUACAUGCUCAUGCUGAUACUGUGACUGAUAUGGAAUUUUCACCUUUUCAUGACGGCCUACUUGCUACCAGUUCGCAAGACUGUUUGGUAAAGUUGUGGCAUAUUCCAGAAACUGGAUUAGAAGAAUCUCUUUGUAAUCCUGAAUGUACAUUUUCUCAUCGUCAAAGAAGAGUAGAAGCAGUAUGUUGGCAUCCAGCUGCUGAACAUCUUUUAACAACUGCCUCAUAUACGACUUUAACUCUUUGGGAUGUACUUUCUCAACAAGAAUUAUUCUCUAACAGUGAUCAUACUGAAGUAAUACAAUCAUUAAGUUGGAAACAAGAUGGCACUAUUCUAGCAACAUCUUGUAAAGAUAAACAAGUACGAAUUAUUGAUCCUCGUGCAUCAACUUGUAUUGUUAAUUUCUGCUCAAGCCAUAUGAGUAUCAAGGAUUCUAGGAUUGUAUGGUUAAAUAACUCUGAUAGAAUAUUGACUACAGGAUUUGAUGCAGCUCGUCUUAGACAAGUAUACAUAAGAGAUUUGAGGCAUCUUAAUGAACCAGUAAAAACAUUGGAAUUAGAUUGCAGUACUGGGAUUUUGAUGCCUCUUUUUGAUCCUGAUACAAAUAUGCUAUUUCUUGCUGGUAAAGGAGAUACUACUAUCAUGUACAUGGAAGUGACAGACAAAGAUCCUUACUUGGUAGAGGGAAUUCGUCAUAGUGGAGAGCAAACUAAAGGUGUGUGUCUGGUUCCAAAAAGAGCACUCAAUGUCAUGCAAGCUGAAGUCAACAGAUUAUUGCAGCUCACAUCUAAUAUGGUUAUUCCCAUCAUGUAUCAAGUACCUAGAAAGACGUAUAGAGACUUUCAUGCUGACAUUUAUCCCGAUACAAAUGGUUGCGUCGCUCAAAAUAAUGCAGCAGCAUGGAUCAAAGGCCAUAAUGCACCUGUUCCAAAGAUAUCAUUAGAUCCUGCCAAGAGAAGCAAAGGUGAAGAUCCAAUAACUGUACACAAAGGAAAUUUAGCAACACUGAAAGAAAAUCAACAUGAAAUUAAAGUGGAACCGAUCAAGUCUCCAAAAUCAAUAACGAUUGCAACACCAAAAGGAUUUUGCAAAGCUCAAGGUAUCAAUCAUGAAAAGGAGAAGAACAUGGAAAAUGAUAUCGAGAAGACAGAAGAAAAUAAAAAGAUCGAGAUAGAAGAUGAGAAGAUAAAAAUGCAGAACGGUGGACAGACGAUACCACCGAAGCCUCUACCUAGAGCAUCAAGAACUAACAGCGUUUCUGAGGAUGAACCUAAACCUGUAGCACGACCUCGCACAUCACCGAAUCCAGGAUCCGUCGUUACAUCUGUAAAUCCAAAUGCAAUCAGCGGAUACAAGCCGCGACUUGGACCAAAACCAUUUCAAGCAAAGUCUGGUAGUCAGGAAUUCUCUUUCGAUAAGGUCUUCUCUGUGCCAGUUGCACCGAAUAAUGAUACAAAUGGUUAUCCAAAUGAUAUUAGUAUACCAUUGGAUAAUCCUACUGAUCCAGAAAAAUCACCAACAUUUUCUAACGAUCGUAUGAAGGAAGCAGAGAAUGGAAAAAGUGAUUCUAGCUCGUUGGAAGAGGAUGCGAAUUCAAGCGACUCCGGAUAUAAACCAAAAACUCCGAGCACUGCAGAGAGGCGAAAAGUUUUUGAAACUAAAGUUAAGGAUGAAUCGCCUGAAAGUGAAGACGUAGGAGGUUUCGAACGUGGUAAUGUUAAUAGAAACUCAAUCGCAGAAAGGCGACGUUUGUAUGAAAGUAGAUCUGUAUCUGUAACUGAUGGAAAUUUAGCCGAGAAAGCAAUGGGAUCGCCGACCAUGUUACGAAGACGAGAUUCUUUCAAAACUAAGAGCGAGGUAAUUAAAGAAGAUGAUGUAAAGAAAGUCGUUCCAAUGUUGCGCCAACAAAGUAUGGAUCCACGCUUGGAAAAGGUCGAACCAAUUACGACACCAACUCCUAAAAGAACAUCGACAGUAUUUGGUCGAGUAUCAAAAUUCAGACAUCUUAAAGGUACGCCUGGUCAUAAAUCAACUCAUAUUGAAAACGUAAGAAAUAUUAGUCGACAGAUAUCAGGAGAAUGCGAUGGUUUCCAUGCCAAUUCCGAUCGCGUUGCUGUUCCUCUGAGUGGACCUGGAGGGAAGAUAGCAGUAUUAGAAUUAAAGAAAACUGGUAGAUUGCCUGAUGGUGUUAUGCCAGCAUUGGUUCAUGGAGCUACAGUGAUGGAUUUCCAAUGGGAUCCUUUCAACAAUCAGCGAUUAGCAGUCGCAUGCGAUGAUGGCAUGAUCAGACUAUGGGAAAUACCAGAAUCUGGAUUAGCGGAGCCAACAAAUGAACCAAGUCACGUGAUAGAAGCUCAUGCUGAUAAGAUUUAUUUAAUAAAAUAUCAUCCUUUAGCAUCCGACGUGCUUGCAUCAGCAUCGUACGAUAUGACAGUAAAACUUUGGGAUUUAUCACCUUUAACAUCAGGAGAAUCAGCCAUUCCAAAGAUAACAUUGUUAGGACAUACAGAUCAAAUAUUUAGCUUAGCAUGGUCACCAUGUGGACAGUACCUUGCUAGUGCAUGCAAAGAUGGAAAGUUACGAAUUUACAAGCCGAGAUCCAGUGACGUGCCUAUAAAAGAAGGAAAAGGACCAGUAGGUACUCGUGGUGCAAGAGUUAUAUGGGCAUUGGAAGGAAGAUACCUUGUUGUAAUGGGUUUUGAUAAAGUCUCUGAAAGGCAGAUAAUGAUAUUUAAAACUGAUAAUCUUAAUCAACCUUUGAAUACAGUUGGAUUAGACGUUUCUCCUGCGAUUUUGAUGCCAUAUUACGAUGAAGAUAGUUCCACUUUAUUUUUAACUGGUCGCGGCGAUUCUACUAUAUAUGCUUUCGAAGUGACGGAAGAAGCUCCUUAUUGUUGUCCUCUGAGCCAUCAUCGAUGCAGCAGUUUGCAUCAAGGAUUAUCAUUUCUUCCUAAAAAUAGAUGCGAUGUCGCAAGUGUAGAAUUUGCAUCCGCUUUAAGGUUGACAAAUAAUACCAUCGAACCGUUAAGUUUCACAGUACCGCGUAUAAAGAGUGAAUUAUUCCAAGAUGAUCUUUUUCCACCAACAAAAAUUACAUGGAAAGCGGCAUUAACUGCCGCUGAAUGGUUUAAUGGAAUAAAUAAACAGGCCUCUAGAAUAAGUCUCAAACCACCUGGUAUGGAUAACUUAACAGAGAAUCAAGGACAACCAGCAGUUACUACUACUAUGCCAUCCACAACAAAACAAACAACAGGAUCAUUUUCAAUCUCUUCACAACCUUUCAGUCGGCUUGGCUGGAAUACAGAUGUAAGAGCAAAGCAAGAGGAAAUCCAAAAAACAAUGAGCAACAAUGUGGGGGAUGUAAUACAGUGCUCUUUGGAACAAGACCACAUGGAGGGUGUGGAAGAGCACGAGUGGGAUGAGUAAGAAAUAAUGACGUACUGGUAGAGUAUUUUAACUAAAUGGUAAGAUAGAAUCUAGAUAUAGAUAUUUGAGCCAUAAGUUAUUAAUUAUGUUGAGAAUGGAAAGGAUGUGUCCUAAUGUUACUACAUGUUGGGCAGAACGUUUUACAUUUUGAGAAGUACUUCCAAAGAUUUACCUUCUAAGAAAAGACAAAAUAAUGUGUCCAAUUUUUUAAGUUAACACUAUUAAGUAUUUUUUAACCAUUUUAUAUACAAACAAUUUUAUAAACAUAUAAACGUAAAAUUCCAUCAAAUAGUGUAAAUAUUCAGGCUUUGUAUUUGAAGUUAAAAAAGAAAAAGGAAAACAAAAAAAACGAAGGAAAUGACUGAAAUUUAUAAAAGUCGCAAAACUACACAACUUUUGUAAAACUCGAAGAAUUUUCGACAAAUUAUAAUAUUUUUUUUAUUUUUUCUUUUUUAUAUAGGAAAUGCGUGAUGAUACUUCUAGUCUUAAAUAAUUGUUUUUUUGUUUUUUUUUCUUAUUUUAUUUUAUUUUAUUUAUAUGUAUCUCAUGCUGCAUAUAAUUAUUAUUAAUACUGUAAAAAAAAAAAAACAGUAUCAUACACAAACAGUAUAAUUUACUCGAUUAUUAUAAAAUAAGUGGACAAAUUUUGUCAAGAAGUAAGGAUGAUUUUGAAUGAAAAAAGAAGUUAAUGUGAAAAUUUUAUUAUUCGCUGACGCGAUAAAUCUUAAAAGUCAUUAUUAAAUAAGAUAUUUAAAAAAAAAUCAGUUAAUACACACACAUAUAUUAUCCUAAAUCCAGAAUGAAAGAUAUCGAUUAAUAAUUCUGUUGUAUUUAUAUGUAAGAUUAUUAUAAUUACGAUGAUUUAACUUAUAUACCGAUAAAACGAACGCGCAAAAUAACACGUGCCAUUGAUAAAGCCAAGAGAAAGAUAAACUUUCAUUGACUAGUGAUAAUAAUAGAAAAAGAAAAGAAGUAAAUAAUAAUAAUAAUUAUUAUUCCCUGCAAAACAGGUAUUAAUUAAUAUUUUAACCAAUACACAAUGAUAUUGGUAUUAACAAUGAUUUUCUAGAAAAAUGCAAUAUAACAUUUUUAAUUAGAGAAAAUUAAAAUGAGAAAUUUAUAAUUAUCACAGAGAAUGUUAAAAAAAAGAAAAAAGAAAAAAAGAAAAAGAAAGAAAAUAAGUUUUUGUCAAGAAGUUGUCGUAAAUUUUUGCACGUUUUUGCAACUUCGUACGCGUACGCACACAUACGAAAUAUGUUUUAAGAAAAAGAUAAAUAGUUAACGAGGAUAUACGUAUCAAGUAUUAAAGUAUAAUAUUUAGUAAUUUAGUCAUAAACAAUAACAAUAAAAAGGAACAUGAAAGAAAGAAGAAAGAGAAAAAAAGAUGGAGUGAUUUGAUAUCAGCUAAUUACAGUUUUUUCUUGUACAUCUCUCAAAUGUGGUAAAAUCGUAACUUUUAUACACUUUGUAUCUCGUAGCAAUGGAUUUAUUUUCAAUGUAUCAAGAGAAAAUCGAAAUGUCUCGCGCAACAUUUUCUUAGAUAUCAUAAUAUAUCGAUACAUACAGUGUAUUUGAAUAGACUCUUUUGAUAUACAAGAAUUUUUCAUAUUGGUGUGAGUCGUGAGUUGUUUGCUCUACAUAUUUGUAAACGAUAUUAUGGUGCUAUAGUACAUUUGAUAAAUUCUAAUUUAUUAUAGCCCUGAGUGAAUUGCAAUAUUGUCACAGCUAUUGUCGAAUGCAUACAUACAUAGAUACAUACAACAUACAUAGAUACAUACAUACAUACAUACGUACGUACGUACGUACGUACACUUUCGUAUCGUCGAACUAAUGAGUGCUUAUAAUUAAAAAAUAAAUAAUAAUAGUAUGUUAAUAAUUAUAUCUCAGAAAUUACUUAGGGCACAGUAUUUUAUCCUAAUUCUCUCUAAAAAGAAAAAAAAAAAUAUUAAAGUCCAUCGAGGUGCCAAAAGAAAAUACUUCGUAAUUUAAAUUAAAAAAUGACGGGCUAGUAAUUAUGUUAAAGUUGACGAUGCAGUUACAUAUAAACACACACGCAUACACAUAUUCACAUGCUAUUUAAAUUUACUAUUCAAUUUUUAGUAAAAGCGAUGGUAUAUAUAUUUUUCUCUAUCAAUACGAGAUCGUACUUUCUGUCCCGUUUAUAUUUUUAGAGACUUAAGAAAUUUUACACUCGACGAUAUCAAAUUAAGAAAAUAAUUUUGUCAAAUGAGAAGAAACUAUACUUGUGUCGUCCAUAUUAUAAGUAAUUGAAUCUUUUCUAUUCUUCGCACGGAACCAUCCAUAUAAAACAUCUCUGUAAUGCUGAAAAAUCGACUCGAUUUAGUCGGAAUGAAUGAAUUUUUCUUUAUUAUUUUUCUAUGCCAUUAUACUCUUUUCCUCGUAAUACCAUAUUAUAUCAUAUACGAAUAUAACUUAGAUCUCUGUAUCUCGAUUGCUGCACAGCUUGUGUAAGAAUUAUAUUUUCUCGUCAAUGAAAACAACAUUUCAUUGUUUGUGUAGUAUAAGCCUACUCUCACGGAAAAUAAAGACUCGCAUAAGCGUUUUUUGAAUCAUAUAUAAAAAGCAUUAAAAAAUAUAUAUAAUAAUAAUAAUAAUAAUAAAACAGAAAUUUUAUCGGUCGACCUUGUGCUAUGUCCAAUAGUUAUUUAAGUAAUUCUAUCAUGUAGUAACAUACCUUUAUAUCGAUCUUAUACCUUAUAUGUAUAUCAUCUAUAAAACCUUUUUACCAAAUAUGUAAA